AUGUCGUCCAAGAAGCCCUCAGGAAAGGCCACUCGCUCGGCCAUCGCCGACGUCGUGGCCCGCGAGUACACCAUCCACAUGCACAAGCGGUUGCACGGUGUCACGUUCAAGAAGAGGGCUCCUCGCGCGAUCAAGGAGAUCAAGGCGUUCGCGACCAAGGCUAUGGGCACCACGGACGUGCGGCUGGACCCCCAGCUGAACAAGAAGGUCUGGGAGCAGGGUGUCAAGGGCGUGCCUUACAGACUCCGCAUUCGCAUCUCGCGGAGACGUAACGACGAGGAGGGCGCCAAGGAGAAGCUCUACAGCUACGUGCAGGCUGUCAACGUCAAGAACCCCAAGGGUCUGCACACCGUCGUCGUCGAGGAGUAA